GUCUUUCAAGACGGGAACGAGAAUAAAAUUACUGCUAUGGCUUUUUUACACUAAAGAAAGCUAUACUGACCCUAAAACGAAGUCAUGAAAGAGCAGAGAGGCAAAGAGACCCCCGAGCAAGAUGCCUUGGAGCACAUUGUUGCUUGUAAAGACAAACCCUUCCUGGAGGAAAGGUUCAUUGACUCUUUUAAAGGAAGAGGUGUGUUCACUAAUAAAACCAUCAAGCCGUCUAUGUUUGUUGUGGAAUAUCGUGGGAAGAAAUUCUCAAGAGGCAUCAGAUCUGAGGAGAGAGGUGGCGAUGCUUUGAAUGGUUUUGUUUUUGAAUUUUCAUGGAAAGGAGAGCGAUGGUGCAUUGAUGCUUCAAAAGAAGACAACACACUUGGGCGACUUGUGAAUGAUAAUCACAUAAGUCCAAACUGUGAAAUGAGGACGGUUGUUUGUGAAGGGAAGCCACACUUGUGCCUGUUUGCAGUUGAGGAAAUCUCUCCUGGUGAGGAAAUAACAUACUACUACGGAGAGUCCAGUUAUGAGUGGCGCUCAAAGAAACUUUACUAUGGGUUGACUUCUUUAAAGAGAGGCAGCUGUCCGUCUUCAUCAAAACCACGGCCUAAAAGGUCAAAGUCCCAAAUUUCCUACCGUGAGGACUCUUCUGACAAUGACGAUGAACAACCUGGACCAAGUUGUCGUAGUGUUCAAGCAACUUCAGGUUCGGCUGAUCGGGAAUCUUCUCCGGACCUUACCGACUCUUUCAUGGAGCCAUCAGAGGAGGACUCUUCUGAGGAACACAAGACCAAUAAGGAUUAUGAAAUCUGCAAACCCAAACAAAAACGCAUGAAAAUGUCUCCCACAAAAGACAAAUCUUUUACGUCCAAAAACCACUGCUUUGUUUGCAGAAAAGGGAUGCACAAAAUUUCUCGUCAUCUCGAAAAGCACGCUAAGGAACAACCUGAAAUCGCAAAGGCGUUUUCAUUUCCUCCAAAUUCAACCGAACGCAAAAGGCUGCUCAACAUCUUAAGAAACAGAGGAAAUUUUGUUCACAAUCAGGAAGUGCAGAGAAGCAAUACUGGAGAAUUGAAAGUGAAAAGGCGACCAAAAUCUGGCAACAUGAGUUCAACAAGCUUUAUGUACUGUCCGUAUUGUAAAGCCAUGAUGACGCAAUCAUUAAUGUGUCAACAUAUACCCAACUGUAUUAAAACUGCAGUUUCUGUAAAUAAUAGUGUCAUAAAUGACACUGAGGAGUUAGAGUCAUUGCAUAGUGUCCCUCCUGAUGUGAAGAAGAUACUUUCAGGGAUGGGACAAGACGAAGUCAGACUUGUGAUUCAAAAUGAUCACCUUCUGAUCCAGCUGGCCAAGAGUUUAUGCAGAAAGUACAGAAACGACCCAUGCAAGGAGCAUUCUGUCCAGGAGAAGCUGAAGGAAAUGGGGACACUCUUGUUGGAUCUGAAUAAAAAGAGAAUAUUAAGCUUUGAAGACGCAAUACAAUCCAAGAAAUUCUCCAGCAUUGUCAAUUCAGUGAAAAACAUGGUGGGUUUUGAUCCCAUAAUGCAGACUUACAGCAAGCGAGGACUUGCUUUCAAUUUGGGAAAUUCACUAAAGAGGAUCGCCAAAAUCAUUCUCAAUGGGGAAAAUACCAGUGAAACAAUGAGGAGUUCUGCUAAAAUAUUCCUAGAAGUGUGUGAGAACGAGUGGGGUGGACUUGUGUUGGACACCACGUUUUCAUCAGUGAGAGGACAAAACAUUAGCAGUCCAGCUGCAAUACCUUUCACACGUGAUGUACAAGCUUUCCAUUCCUACCUGGAAAGAUUAUCAGCUUCUGCCACUGAAAGCUUGAAGACAUCUGACGAUCCUCAAGUCUUCAAUGUACUUUCCAGGGUCACACUUACACAGAUUUCGGUUUUGAGCAAAUGUACAACUGAGGUUUCAGAAAUGACACUGAAGUCUUUCGAGGAGAGGGGCGACUCCACCAAAGUGUUGUCCAAGCACUUUGUCAAGAUAAAUAUUCUGAGCAAGAGUGGCCUGAAUGUUGCCAUUCUAUUGACCUCUGAACUCAUCAGCACCAUAACUUUGCUGAUCAGCAAGAGGCUGGCCUGUGGUGUGCAUGAGGACAAUCCUUUCUUGUUUGCAAAGCCAGACUCUUCUGUCACAAGCCACUACCACGGAUCUCACUGUAUCAAGUCUUUCUCAAGCCUGUGUCAUGCGGAGAACCCUGAGAAUCUCAGGGCUGCCCAUCUCUGCAAGCACAUGGCAAGAAUAUUCCACAUUCUGAUGGAGAACGACGAGCUUGAACACCUCAGUGAACUGGUUGGCCUUGAGAUCCAGACCAACAAGGAGUACUACCAGUCCCCAGAGGCGGCUGUUGAACUUGCUAAAAUCUCUAAACUCCUUCUGGCAAUGGAGAAAGGAACUCUGGACAGAUUCAAAGGAAAAUCUCUGGGCGAGGUUGAGAUUGAUGAUGAGCUGGAGCCAGAUGAGGGGCAGAGCAGUGGUGGAGAAGAUGUGGAAAAGUCCAUUGAAGAGUCAGGUUCUCCACUUCAACAGUGUGAUGUUCCAGAGCAGCUCGAUGAACAGCUGACUCCGGCUCUUCAGGAUGCUUUGGAGCACAUAAAGGCUAAAAGAGACAAACCCUUCCUUCAGGAGAAGUUCAUAGACUCUGCUAAAGGGAGAGGUGUGUUCGCCAGGGAAUCCAUUGAGCCAUCGUCCUUUGUUGUUGAGUUUCGGGGGAGGAUCUCUACUUGCCAAGAAACCUCUGAGAAGCAACCUGGAGAUUCAUUAAACAAUUAUGUGUUUAACUUUUCAUGGCAAGGAACAAACUGGUGUGUUGACGCUUCAGCUGAUGAUGGGAGUUUGGGUCGGCUCGUAAACGACGACCACCUCGAUCCAAACUGCAAUGUGGUGAAGAUUACCUAUGAAGAGAAACCACACCUGUGCCUGUUUGCACUGAAGGAAAUAUCAGCUGGUGAGGAGAUAACCUUCGACUACGGGGGAUCUUCGCACUCGUGGCGCCCAGAGGAUACUAGUGAGGAUGUAAAUAUUCCAGAAAAAGACUUGGAAAAGGAUCCAGCUUUCCCCAUUGAUAAAAAACUUGAGGACUCUGCAGCAGAAUCCUUCAGCUCUGCUGAAUCCUCCGGAGAUGAAUACGUCUGCAAUGAACAACCAGACAACGAUGACAGUUUCUCAGAGUCCGAACUGCCCGACGGGGCGUCAUCCACCGCAGAGGGAGACGGGUCUCGCUCCAGCUCUGACGCCUGGGACUCCGACACGCCCACCAAAGCUACUUCCUUGACGAGGAAGAACUACUGCUACGUUUGCGGAAGACCUCAGUCAAAAAUCUCCCGCCACCUCUUAACCCACAGAGCGGAAGAGCCUGAGAUUGCUGAGGCAUUUAAGAUGCGUCGCAACAGUAAGGAGCGAAAGAAACUGCUUCAAAAGCUGAGGAACAGAGGGAACUACAACCACAACCAGGAGGUGCUGAAAACUCGGAAAGGAAAACUGAAAGUGAGGAGAAAAACAAACAUGUCCUCUAUCAAAAACACUGCUACCUGCAUCUACUGUAAGCUCUUGUUUAUUCGAAAGACUUUAUGGAGGCAUCUUCAGAAAUGUCCAAUGAGGAUCUCAUCCCCUCUAGAAGGCAAGUCAGGGAUUUUAGCAUUAGUUGCAUCUGGGCUAACAGAACCUGAAAACAGGUCAUCUGGUGUGAGGAAGAUUCUACAAAAACUGAAAGAAGAUGCAACUACCUCCUUAGUUUUAAAGGAUCCUUACCUUUUGCGGCUGGCUCGCUGUUUGUACUACAUGAAGGAUGGCAAGAGCAAAGACCUCGAACUCACUCGGAAACUCAGACAAAUGGGAAAACUGCUCGCAACCUUAAAAGAAAAGUCUAUAAUGAGCAUUGAGGAGGCUUUGAAACCCCAGAACUUCAAUGUCGUAAUGGAAGCAGUGAGGAAAGUCUCAACCAUGAGGAAAAACAUCAACGCCAAGCCACUUUCAAAAGUAAUCGGAUACUCACUUAAGAAACUGGCUGAUAUAAAAUAUGCAGUAGCUCUGAGCAACAAAGCGGAUAACGAGACGAUAGAGGAGGCGAAGGAGUUCCUGAAGCUGUGUGAGAAGGAAUGGGCUUCAAACGUAGCAUUUCGACAGGCAGUACCGGGAACACCAACUUUACCCUUCAUCCAGGACGUUCAGCUGCUGUUUAAGUACAUCCAGAAUUCGGUGAGCUCUGCAGUCUCAAUUAUGACCAAGUUUCAAAGCCCACCAGUCUACAAUGCCCUGCUCAAAGGGAUCUUUGCAUAUGUGGGCAUACUAAGCAGGAAUUUUACCAAAAUAUUGUAUGUGACCCUGGAGUCGUUCCUGCAGUGGAGUGAACCUCAGCCUCAGGAAAAUGCUGACACCAAGCAGCCGCUCCUUGACAAAGUUCUGUCCAAACGGCUCGUUAAGAUGAACGUUGUUAACGAAAAGAACCAAAACGUAGUUCUCACUCUGACCCCAGAGCUGCUCUCUGCAAUCACCAUGCUGGUGGAGAAGAGAAAACAAUGUGGUGUGCCCGAUGGUAACCCCUACCUCUUUGGAUGGCCGGAUAAAUUGUCCAUGAACAUCUACAAGUGGCAACGGGUCAUCCCCAUGUUUGUGGGUUUGUGUGGUGCCAAAGGUGAGAAGAACCUAAAGUGUCCGUUAUUCCGUAUGCACACGGCAAGAAUUUUCCGUAUUCUCAUCCUGAAUAAUGAGGAGCUCAGCCAAUUAGCCACACUGCUGGGGUGCGAUGUUCAAACCGAGAGCGAGUUCUACCAGAACCCGGAGGCGGUUGGAGACAUCGCAAAAAUCCUGGUGCUGCUGUCGGCUAUGGAGUCCGAAUGUCCGGCCAUGUUUCAAGGAAAAUCUUUGGAGGAAAUCGAAAUUCCAGAUGAGCUGCCGGCGGUGAUGGAGAGCAGCAGGAGAGCCACUGAAGCUUCUCACCAGGGGAACGGUGGUUCUCCCUCAUCGACCAAGAAGAAAGGCAAAGUUUCUUCCAAGAGGAGUCGAGUCAAAAAGAAGCAGGAAGACGAGGAGGAUCGGACUGAAGCGACUCAUGAGAAAAAUGAAGCGGAGAAAGAACCAGAACCAGAGCAGAGCAGCGAGACUCAGACCAAUAAUCAAACCAAUAAUCAAACCAAUAAUCAAACCAAUAAUCAAACCAAUAAUCAGACCAAUAAUCAAACCAAUAAUCAAACCAAUAAUCAGACCAAUAAUCAAACCAAUAAUCAAACCACUAAUCAAACCAAUAAUCAGACCAAUAAUCAAACCACUGCAGCUCCUGACAAACAGAACGAGAGUCAGAUUUAUUUCAGCGACGAAGACGAAGACAUGCAUGUAGAUUUUAAUAUUGACAUCGACAUCGACGAUGAUGAGGAUAUCACAAAAGAUGGAAGUAAGGCUGAUGAUGACUGUGAAGAAAACCUUGACCAUCAGGAUAAAACUGAAGGAAAUGAGACGAGUGAGACUCAGAGGGACGACUGCUCUGAAGACCCGAUGGGACAAAACGACGAAGACGAUGAUGUCAGAAAGGAAAGAAAUAAAGUUGAUGAUGAGUCUGAAGCAAACGCUGGAGUUCAGGAUAAAGCAGAAGAAGUGGAGGUGAUGGGGCAGAACGAAGAGGCAAACGGUGAAGAUGAUGAUGAUGGUGAAGAACAGGACGGCUGGAUGGGAGCAGAAAGUGGAGGAUCUUCUCCUGUACGCACAGAAGAGAAACGCAGCAACUUUGAGGCAGCGAUGAGAAGCAUGAAAGUAAUAAAGAUUUUGAUCCGCAAACUGAACAUUGAAAACUUGCAGAUUCCUGUCCGGGUUUCACGGUUUCCUGUGAGUGAGAAUGAGUCGGUCACAGAUCGGCCGUCGCCGGGCGCUGAAGACGAGCGUCGAUCCACGUCCAGAGAGGAAACCAACAAACAGAGAGACACAAAGGCUGUGAAGAUGAACUGCUCCCACUGUCAGAGGAUCAUGACCAAAGGACAAACGGCGUACCAGAAGAAAGGCUUCACAGACGUCUUCUGCUCCAAACUCUGCCUGUUUGAGAUGUUUCCUCCCAGCAAAGCGGCUCGGAGGUCCUGCUACUACUGCUUCAGGGAGAACCUGCAGCCGCUGGAGCUCAUCAUGGCCGCCGUGGACCUUAAAGGAACCGUCAGAGAUUUCUGCAGCACCGGCUGCCUGAGCUCCUUCAGAUGCAGCUCUACUUCUCUUCAGAGAAAGUUCACCACCACAUCCACCCAGACGCUGUCAUCGCUCUGCAGCGCCUGCAGCAAAACCUGCGUGAGCGAGCUGGAGUUGAAGCUGGAUGAGUGUCUGCACCGGUUCUGCAGUGUCGACUGCUUGGACGGGUUCUGCAGGGAGAACCUGGGGAUCUGUGAGAACUGCAGCCAGUGCUGCAGGAAGAAGCCGCUGCAGCUGCGGCUGGAGGACGGAGCAAAGACCAUCUGUGGUCCGGACUGUCUAGAGGAGUUUAAAAAGAACGUCAUGGCGGCCCAGGAGUGUCCCGUGUGUCGAGCUGCUCAGCUCCCGUCAGACAUGGUCAGCCACAAAAACAAGGACAACGCCGUGGAUCUCUUCUGCUCCCGCUACUGCGUGAUGUCCUUCAAGGCGCUGCCCGCUGCGGACCAGAACAUCAGAACCCAGCGUUCUUCCCCCGCCGACGACACGGCCAGACUCAUCAUCGCCAGCGAAGACGGCGCCUGCUGCGGCUGCAGGAAGCAGCUGAAACGAGCGUCUGCAGUUUACCACCUGAAAAAAGCAAAGCAGCUGUUCUGCUCGGAGGCGUGCGUCACUGAAAUACUUCCCCACGUCCAGUUCGACACCAGGAAGUGUUACAGCUGCCUUCAGUUGAUCACGCAGCCUCAGAAAGUGAUCCUGGCUCCGGUGGAUGACUCAGGAACGAUGAAGGAGCUCUGCAGCGACGCGUGUCUCGCUUCUGUCAAAUCCAAGAUGCUUCUCUCCAACUGCAAGCUGUGUGGCAAACACUGUCCUUGUAAGCUCUCCAUGACGGUGGACGGUGAGGUCCACAGACUCUGCAGCGAGUCCUGCAUCUCCGACUUCCGCAUUCAGCACCAGUCGUCCUGGUCGUCCUGCGCGGCCUGCGGCGCGCUGCGCUGCAGCCUGCGGCUCGCCCUGCAGACGGACGGCGGCGUGAAAACCGUCUGCGGAGACGAAUGUCUGCUGAGGCUCAAAGAGAAAGUGAAAACCCUGCAGCUUUGCUCGACGUGCAGAACGCCCCAUCAGAUGUCGGACAUGGUGGAAAAUCAAAACAGCGAGGGGCAACUGGAUCUGUUCUGCAGCCACAGGUGCAUGACGGUUCACAAAGCUCAGACCUUCACUGUUCCAGCAGAAAACAAGUCCGAGGAGACUGACGUUAAAGAUGUUAAAGACUUUAAAGAUCUUAAAGACGUUAAAGACGUGAAGCCGUCGCUAGCCAGUUUACCCCAGAUCAAAGAGGAGCCGGAGGACCAGGAGUAUUUCCUGAGCCGCUCCGUCUCAGUUUCUCCACAGAGCAUCAAGGAGGAGCCGGACGCGCCCAAGGAGGACCUGAAGAUCGGGUCGGUUUUCUCCCUGACGGAGGACUCCAAGCCGCCCCGGCCCGCUCUGGCCCACAUGGAGCUCCAGGCGUCCUGCUCCGCCUGCCGGAAGUUGCUGCUGGACGGAGAGACCGUCUACCAGAGGAAAGCCCAUCCGGAUCUCUUCUGCUCCACUUCCUGUCUGCUCCGGUUCCACCAGCUGACGUCCGUGAAGAAAACGUGUCACUUCUGUCUGCGGGUGAUUGUGAAGCUCCAGUCGGUCCUGCAGGCUCCUGUGGACGACGCGGGAACGAAGAAGGACUUCUGCAGCCAGUCCUGCCUGUCGUCCUUCAACUACAAGAGGAUCAUGUCCACCAAGCUCCCCAUCCUUCCAGUUGGGUCGCAGUCCCAGUGCAGCGUUUGCAGCAGAUUCUGCAUCAGCAAACAUGAGGUUAUCCAUCAGGACGUGGUGCAAAAGGUCUGCAGCGAUCCCUGCUACCACCGCUUCUGCAACAUCAACAACCUGACGGUGUGCGAGAACUGCGGCUCCAACUGCAGCGCGCCGCUCCGCCUCAAGAUGGAGGACGGCAACAAGCCGCUGUGCGGCGCCGAGUGCCUGAAGCUAUUCAAGCAGAAAAUCCCGCCGUUGCAGCCAUGCUCCAUGUGCUGUAAAUCUAAACUCGUAUCUGAAAUGUUUGAGAAUAAAACCAGUGAAGAAGUCGUCGAGCUGUUCUGCUCCAACAGCUGCGUGAUGGCGGCCAAGAUCCAGGCCGUCUGUUCAUCAGGCGUCCCUCUCAGCUGCCAUACCUGCAGGAAGAUGGCGGCGCCGGCGUGCCACCUGGCCAUGCCGGACGCCUCCAUCAGGAGCUUCUGCUGCCUGUCGUGCGCCAUGACUUUCAAGGAGACGUAUAAAGACGAAAUCACCAGAACCAAAGAAGCAGAACCCGGCAGACCGGCGCCAGAGGAGCGGCCGUGUGCCCAGUGCCAGGGACCCAUUAAAACGUCUCCCAGAGUCAUUCAGAAGAAGGAUGAAGUGAUUUUUGUCUGCAGCCUCGUCUGCUCCAAGAAGUUCAAGAAGCUCAACAGCAUCCUGGGUGUGUGUGAACGCUGCAGGAAGAAAACCGUCAUCCACGAAGUCAAGAGGAUCGACAACAAGGACUGCAGCUUCUGCAGCGACGGCUGCCUGCUGCUGUUCCAGCGUGACCUGGACAGGAAGUGGGGUAAACACUGUUCGUCGUGUUCCUACUGCCUCUCCGUCUCCAGAACGGUGCUGUCGGCGGCGGCGGCCGGCGGCCAGAGGGAGUUCUGCUCCAAAGGCUGCAGGUCCAAAUUCAGAACGCUCAUCAGCCACGAGGCGAAAUGCGACGCAUGCGGCCGGCGAGGGGAGCUGACGGAGAGUCUUCCUCUGCCGGGGAACGUCAAGCGUUUCUGCGACCUGAAAUGUCUCCUACGCUUCGGGAAGAGCGAGGAAGAGGAGCAGGAUGAAGGAUCCUCUCCUCCUAUGCCUGGAGGAAGCGUGGCGUCUUCGCCGGUCAUCACCAGCGUGGUUUCGCUGUCCGGCGGCCCGGCAGGACGAACCGCACCGCUCGGAUUUUUCUCGGACAUCCAGGCUAAAGUCGUCGGCCAUGCCGGCGUGCAGACGGAUCCCAAACAGCUGAAGAACAAAUCCCUGCUGUGCGUUCCUCUGGUCCACAACAAAGCGGCCUCCUGCUGUGUCCAGACUGCAGAAACGGCCUCGCAGACGGUGAAUUGUAAGCAGAAGGUCCGCCAGGUGAGCGCGGCUGUUCCUGUGCCGGUUCCCGUCUACGUCCCUCUGCCCAUGAACCUCUACAGCCAGCUGGCUCCGGCGCCGCUGGUUCUGCCCGUUCUGCUGCCGGUUCCCGUGUUUCUCCCAGAGGAGAAGAAGAAGCAGGAGGAGGAAGAGGAGGAAGAAGAGGAGGAAGACGGCUCUGAGGCGGUGGCGGCGGCGGCGGCGGCGGCGGCGGCGGAGGAAACCCCGCCUGGAUCUCUGCAGGAGGAGCUGAGCUGCCGACCAGAAGGACAGACGGAGAAGGAGGAGGAAACUCAGUCACUAAUUGAAACCAUCAGCAGCUACAUGGACGGUUUGGGGUCCGAUUACCGGCCCGGUUUCAACCACAAAGACUUCGAGUCUGACUGCAGCCUGGACUUAUUCAGCCAGAACCAGACCUGCUGCGUCCCUCCUCCAGAACCGGAACCGGAACCGAACCUCCACACGGGCCCUGACCUCCCUCCGCCUCCUGCUGGACCGACGGGUCCAAACCUCCAGAACUCUCUGGAUUCUUUACCAGCUGCAGGUUUGGGUGACGAGACUCAGGAAAACAUCCAGAACAAUCUGAAGGGAGAAAACGCAGAAGAGACGCAGAAUCUCAAAGUUCUGGACAGUCGGGUUGGAGUUGAUGCCUGGAGGAAAUGGAUCCAGUGGAGAGAAUCUCAAACCAGUUUGGACCUCCUGCCCAUGGCUGCUGGCAGGUCGGACGUCCUGCGCUGCUCUUCCUCAGAGCUGAGCGACGGCCUCUUCCUCUUCAUCAGGGAGGCGGAGCUUCGUGAGGAAGACUCCGGCUCUCCCGACGGCCUGUUCUUCCUCUGCCUCAGCAUCCAGCAGUAUUUGUUUGAAAACGGACGACUGGAGAACAUUUUCACUGACCAGAGCUACCAGAAGUUCUCCUCUGAGCUCACCAGAAUCCUGAAAUGUUCUGGACCUUCCCUGUCCGUCCACCGCGGCGCCCCCUCCUGGGUGGAGGAGGAGUUUCUGUGGGAGUGCAAGCAGCUGGGGGCGUCGUCCCCCGUCGUCCUCCUCAACACGCUGCUCUUCUUCUGCUGUAAGAACUUCGGCUUCGCCACGGUGCCGCAGCUCCGCCGGCUGUCCUUCGCUAACUUCACCAGCUGCACCAGAACCGACGGCGAGACGAGCGUCCUGCGGUUCUACCCGCCGGAGUCCAGAGACGAUGCAGAGACCGAUUCUGACGGCGUCCCGGCGAAGAAACGCCGGUUAAACGAGGAUUUCCUGGAGAUGAAGGAGAACCUGCAGAACCCUCUGCGCUGCCCAGUCCGACUCUACGAGUUCUACGUCUCCAAGUGCCCCGACUCGGUGAGGCGGCGCAGCGACGUUUUCUACCUGCAGCCGGACCGCCGCUGCCUUCCCAGCAGCCCCCUGUGGUUCUCGGUGGCGCCGCUGGACGACGCCACCAUGGAGGCCGCCAUCGUUCGAUCGCUCGCCGUGAGAGAGCUCAGGGAGCGAGACGGAGGAGGAGCCUGAGGGAACCACCGGAUCAGAACCAGCAAGGAGGAACCAGAGCCAGGAGUUAAAAGUUUAAACGAGAGAAAACUGUUUGAUUCAUUUCUUCCUUCAGAAACUCAUGUUCAUCAUUUUUACACAGCAGGGAAUAAGUGUUUACUUUUAUCAACUGGAUGUUUUGGAUUAAAAAUAAUUUUUAUUAUUUUUACAUAAUAAAGCUGAAACAACAUGAAUCAGGCUGAAUUACAGUGACAGUCGUUCUAAACUGGAUCUAUUGUUUGUUUUUGUCUCGUUUGACUCAAUUAAAUCGUUUCAUUAAUAAAAUCUUUGAACAGUA